CGGCACCACCUGCAUGGUCCCCGGGAGCCAGCCGUAAAGAGGGCGUGUAAGUGUCAGAAGAGCUGUCGGGAUGCAGCAGGCAAAAGGAGCAGUAGGAGGCCGUGGCUGUGCUCUCUUUCCACUGCUGAGCAUCCUAGUCGUCCAGGGUGUGCGUAUCGUCCUCUCCUUGGAGAUAAGUGCAGAUGCGCAUGUUCGAGGAUAUGUGGGAGAGAAGAUCAAGUUAAAAUGCUCCUUCAAGUCCUCUUCAGAUGUCACUGACAAGCUGACCAUAGACUGGACAUACCGUCCUCCCAGCAGCAGCCGCACAGAAUCUAUCUUUCAUUAUCAGUCUUUCCAGUACCCGACCACAGCGGGCACAUUCCGAGACCGGAUCUCCUGGGCCGGAAAUGUCUACAAAGGGGAUGCUUCCAUUAGCAUCAGCAACCCCACUCUGAAGGACAAUGGGACGUUCAGCUGUGCUGUGAAGAACCCUCCAGACGUGUACCACAAUAUCCCCCUAACAGAGCUCACGGUCACAGAAAGGGGUGUUGGCACCAUGCUGUCGUCUGUGACCCUUCUCUCCAUCCUCGUCUUCAUCCCCUCAGCAGUGGUGGUCAUUCUGCUGCUGGUGCGAAUGGGGAGGAAGGCAACAGGGGUGAAGAAGAGGAGCAGGUCUGGCUAUAAGAAGUCUUCCAUUGAAGUUUCCGAUGACACUGACCAGGAGGACGGCAAUGACUGCAUGACGAGGCUUUGUGUCCGCUGUGCUGAGUGUCUGGAUUCAGACUAUGAAGAAGCAUACUGAUGAAGUGUGUGCAAUGCAAGAAGUGUUACCUGACAACAGGAAAUAUCCCAUUCCCCUGUCAAGGAGUGCCAUUGGCGGGGACAGCAGUGACAGAAGAUUCUGAAGGUCAUCAGGGGAGACCUUAAGGACCACUUAUUUAUUGAAGAAAUGUUUAUUUUGUAUUUAUAAACUGUUCAGAAACUCCAGGAAGGGACUCAUGACUUCCCUUCUUAAUGUACUCUAAUUGAACAAUGAAAUUCUUGAACAGAAAGAAACACAGUGCUUGGUUUACCUUUGCUCUUGAAUGUAGUUCAUGGUUUCUUCCAGUUGCCUGAAAGAGACCAAAUGUCUGUCACUCUGCUGAUGUCAAAAUUGUCCUUUUUUAAUGGUGUGGAUCUUGUUGCUUCCUGAUGAUGUGCCAAUGAACAACCUACCCAUUUGGAGUGGAUCGCCUUGGUUUCUUCUCCACAGAUGUUCUCUGGUCAGCAUUCAGUAUGUGUUCCGUGGUUUAAUGGUCAUCAGCUGUGUUUAGAAGACACGCAGUAUUUGACCCCAAUUCCUUUCAGCUCAGUAGGUUUACAAGUUGUAGGCUUGCUUGGACUGGGUCUUCUAAGUAUUAAAGUAUUGUCAAUUUACAGUUAAGGAAACAAUUUUUGAUGUAGAAGAAUCUUUCUCAUUUGUCUUGUUAGCUGUACUUUGGGCCACAGAAUCUUUGUUAUUUUGUGUUCCUGCAGCUGACUAAUUUGUGGUUUCCUUCUUGGUGUUUUAAGUUAGAGGCAAGAAAUGCCUCUUACAAAGGUUUUUAGUGGUGACUUAAGAAAAUAUUUUUUGUAGUCCUUUGCUUUGGGUCUUUUCAUGUUUCUUGUGUUAUUUAGAACUUUGGUUCUAAAUUGCACCAGAAGUGAGUAUUAUAUCUGCAGGCUGGUGUACUCAGUAGUGGAAUGAGGAAGUGACGAUGUGCAGGACAUCUCCCCUUUCUUCACUCAGUGCCUUGGAACCCACACCUCUACUCUCCUCUAGCGACUUAUUUGUUAUUUUAAUUUAUACUGGGUUUUCUGCAAACCACUAAGAUGUGCCUGACUUACUGGAAGGACUAGCAAAUGUACAAACAGCGCUCUCCAGAGAGAGUCACUAAUGGCCCCUCCCCCAGCCCUGGUUGGUUCACCAUGGUGGUCUUCCUCAUGGUUCUUCCUAAAGUAGCUUGGGAGGCCUCCAUAUGACAGUGUUAUAUACUAUGGAUCUUAAUCAAAAUCAUUCUGUUUAUCACGGAAGGUCGUAUGUUUGAAACUGGGAUCAUUAACUCUGCUUGAAAGACUGGUUAACCUAGCCUGCUGAUCCAUGAUUGUGAUUUACCUCUGGUCAUGGAAGCCCUUGGAAGCAGAGGGGGGACUGGCAUUUUAUAUUUCUGGUUGUUAGAUUCCACAGUUCUUUGGGCUACUUGUUAAAGAUGUAGUUGUCUGUGGCCACUCCAGUGAGACCCUUUCUGAUGGUUCAACAGAGAAAAGAAAACAUUCACCAAGCAGAAAUAAUUUGGGCACUUACAGAUCCAGAGAUUGAUGCAGUUGGGAGGGAGAGGGCAUGCCGUGGGCCUCACUGUUCUGACAGAGGCAUUAAAAGAACUCAUUUAAACCAUUAGUCUAUGACAAUGAGGAACAACCAGUUUUAGUGUCUUAGGAUUUUCUUGCAAGUGUAUUGUGAGGUUUUAUCUAGCUCAGACAUUGGUGAGUUUGGUGACCGGCCGAUGCCUGAUGGAUACUUGUGUACACUGUUGUGUUGCCUGCUUUAAUCUCUUAAUGACAGAACAAUCAAGUCCUCCAUUGUAAGGGAGUAAGUUAGUGAUUUUAUUUGCUCCAUGGGUUUGUGGUCAUAUUCCUGGCUUAGGCUGCCCUCAGUUUCAUAUGCCAAGGUUUGAGCUGUAGCUUUGUGCUCCUAAGGAAAACCAUACUGUCUGUGGAGCCUCCCUCCUUUAAGCACAAGUGUGCGAUAGAAGGUUUGUCUGACUUACUGUUUUAAUAUCUUCUAAGGUGACAUUCUCAUACUUUUUUUUCCCCUUUUUUCUGCUCUAUGGACUCAAACUACCUGGCAUUAUAGCAUUGUCUGGAAAGAGGAUUUAAGUGUUUCAUUAUGGCUAUAUCAUCUUCUGAAUUUUAUGCGGUGAGCUCUUAAAAACUAUUACAAAAUGUGAAUUUAUAAAGUACUUUGUUUUCGCUCUGUGACCUGUUAUUUCAGGCCACUUGAGGACAUCUUAGCAGUCUGCAGCUCCUGAGUCGGCAGUUGGACUUCAGAAGGAAAAGUUGCCUACCAUUCCUCCAUCCUGCUUACGUGCAUGCACACAUGUGUGUGCAUGAGGGCAUGCAUAUGUAUAUUAUACAACAGGAAACCUGGAGGCCAGAUCCUGAUACAGAAUGUUCUGUUGUGUUACUGGACUCCCGCUCUGAAGAAGGACUCUAAGAAGAUCCAUGGGUUGGACCAAAGCUCUUAUUGAAUUGCACAGCUCAAAACUUUGCUGCCAGAAGCACCCACUCAGGUGUUGGCUUCCCCACCGCUGUCUCUCACUGACUUUUAAAAUUAAGUUAGACGCUUUGUUUGCAGAAGAGUCUGAGCUGUAAGUCUUUGUGCACAGACAUUGUGACUCAUGGAAUCUUUACUUUACUGGAGUUAAUAAACUUCUUUGUACCUUGUGGCUA